UUUAUAUAGGGGGACUUGGAAGUCCCCAGCGCUGAACCCGGAGCGGUGGCGGGCGCUGCGGGGCUGGGGCAGAGCCGUCAGCGCACAGCGCGCCAUGGAGCUCAACUCCCUGCUUAUCCUCCUGGAAGCAGCUGAGUAUCUGGAGAGAAGAGACCGAGAAGCAGAGCACGGCUACGCCUCGGUGCUGCCCUUCGACAGCGACUAUUCCCGCAAGAAGAGCAAGGGCGGCCCCAUGGCCCGGAAAUCCCAGAGCAACAGGUCAUCGCACAACGAGCUAGAAAAACAUAGACGGGCUAAACUGCGGCUAUAUUUGGAACAGCUAAAGCAGCUUGUGCCUCUUGGGCCAGACAGCACCAGACACACCACUUUAAGUCUGUUGAAAAGAGCUAAGAUGCAUAUCAAGAAAUUGGAAGAGCAGGACCGAAAAGCUCUAAAUAUCAAAGAACAACUACAGCGGGAACACCGCUACCUCAAACGCAGAUUGGAACAGCUCUCCAUGCAGGGCAUGGAACGCAUCCGCACUGACAGCAUGGGAUCAACAAUAUCCACUGAUUCGGAACAAGAAGUAGACAUUGAAGGAAUGGAAUUUACACCUGGUGAAAUGGACAGUAUUGGGAGUGCCAGCGAUGCUGAAGACCACUACAGUUUGCAAAGCGGUUCAAGCGAUGGUGGCUAUACACAUUCCCGCAGACUUAAUGCCAGGCUCUCCUAGUGCCUGAGUUACCAGCUCAACUCAGGACCAUCUAACUGAAGCACUUAUAAGAAAAUUCCAGAGGUGUCAACUGCCACUCUUCCGGGAAACCCCAACCACAAUACUCUGAAAUGGAGGUUUCUUACCCACGGUUCCCUGCACUGUAACCACAAUAUUAGAUAUUGUAAAUCAUGGUUUUGUUGCAGAGAACUGUGGUUAGGUACAGUUGUGACUUAAAGCUAGCUUGAUGUAGCCAUACUGCAAAUUUAAAGAAAAAAAAAUCAUAUCAUUCCAUUCAAGAAGUAUGAAAUUCAAACGAUUGGAAGCAAAUGACGAGAUAAGGAGGUUUAAGACAAUUAUUUUGUGGAGGCCACUUUCAGAUGUCAAAAAAAAAAAUGGAAACUAUCACGUGUUAGUGAUUCAAAGCUACAAAAAUUCGACUGCUUUUUUUUUCUGGUUUUUUUCAUAAAGAAAUUAUGAAUGCUUCAUAGCAACUUGUAGAAUAUAUAAAUUCUUUUAAACAGCUGUGUUUUGAGAGAUUUAGAUGGAAAAAUCUUCAAAUCUCAGAUGAUCUUUUGAAGAAGGUCAUUGACAAGUCACUACUGUACUUCAAAACAGGGAAAAAAGCCAGCUCCAACAAUGACUUCAUAUGGGAUGAACUCAACUUUCUUUUGCUUUAUGUGUUUGACAUCCAACCAGCAGCAAACCAUUCUCUCCAUUUUAGCAGGGCUACUAGAAGUCAAAGUGGCAGUUCUGACCUGUUAUCAUGGAAUGGAUGACACGUCAGUGUUUUGUUUCGUUUUGUUCAUUUGACAAAUUACAGAGUGCAACUGAUUCAGAUUUUGAUAGUUAAUCUUCCCUGCAAGGAAAUAAAAUUACUGUUUGCUUGUAUUUUUUUUUCCCUAUUUACAGCUGCCAAUACAUUUUUAUGGAAGGCAUGGCUUACAAUUACAGUAUUCAGCUAGAGGAUAAUUAAUCAUUUUUUCUUUUUUCUUUUUUUUUUUUGCUCACUAUAAUUGCAUUUUCUAUUCUUUAAAAAAUGCAAAAAAGUAAAAUGUAUGCUGUAAAACAGCAAAGUUUAUUUAGUACUCAUCAAGCUGUUCAAAACAUAUUUACCCAAAUCGUAGCAAUACUAUGGAGCUGUAUUCUAAUACAACUUCAGCUUAGUGAAGUCAUUAGAGCUUGGCUUGCUGGGUAAGAAAAAAUGGACCAGUCUUUACAUUAUCUGUUUAAAGAAGGUCUUUUAAAAAAAAGAAAAAAAAAGAUUAAAAAAAAGAAAAAAGCUAUAAACACUUUUAGAGAAGUGAUUUUAGCAAGUGUAGUCUAUAUUUCCUGUAAGAGAUUUUGUAUUAUAUUUUCCUAAAUGUUCUCAUUUACUUGUAUAGGGAGGGGAAUGGUACAGACCCAGACCAGAGUCUCAGGGACUCUUCACCUUCGUUAUAUUGUGCCUUGGUGACCAUUUAUGUAUGCCUCUCCUUUUUCAUUGUUCAAAGGACAACUCAGCUUUGUUUCUUUAAGGACCUCUGUUUGAAUGAUCUUGUUACAAAUGAAGGACUGGGAGGUGUAUUUGUGUCUUAAUCCUCUUGCAUCCAGUUCUGUGAGGUUUUAAGUGAAAUUAUGAAAUUAGAUUUUGGUGAGAGGGUUCAUGAUCUUUCCACAGGCCCUCCUUGAUUCUUCAGCACCCAGCUCUCUGUUUUGUUACCUUACAAAGUCAGGGUCUCUGUGAGACCAGCAUUAAAUGGCUAUGGAAAUACAACCGUACUGUAUAAUGCUAGAGGAUGUCUACCUGUGGUGCCAUUUUUAGCAUUCAGAAAUAAAAACCUCAUGACAUACUGACCACAGUGAUCAAAACAAAGAUUUGGUUGUUCUUUUAACAUUUGACAUAUGUGUCCUCCCUUUGGCUCUUACAACACAGAGUAGAAAUAUGAAUACAUUUGUGGCAGCUUACAAUCCUUGUUUGCACUCUUGCUUACUGUUUGGAACUUGCCAACAAGGAAAUGAAAUAUGUUUAAGUUACAUAACCUAAUGUAUGGCUACUCCUGCUUUGGCUCUGGGGCAGAGCCUAAGGUUAUAAACUCUGGCAGCUGAAAAAGAAAACAUUUAUCCUUUUCUGUGAUGCAGGUUUUGGUAUUAUGUUAUACACACCUUGCAUAUUACUAAAAUCCUCAUUGUUGGGGAAAGCACACAGCAAUAUACUCAUUGUGUGUAGCUGACAAGCAGCAGAAACUACUAGCUCCUUUGGUGCAUAUGUAACUAAUUUCCAAAUCAUGGAAAAAUUAAGAGUUUACUUUAACAUAUGACUGUUAACAGGAAAAAAGGCUAGUAAUAUUGUUGCUGUUCAUUUAUUCUAUAAUGAACACAUUCAUGAAUUGUAAAGUGUUUCUUUUUGUGACAAGCAGCUCUUGCACAGAACCUCCUAAUAAAAAAAAAAUUGAAACUCAUAGAAGGAGAGUAGAGAUUUUAAAUUGAACGCUGUUGUUGAUCUGGAAUUCUCCUUUGAAAGAUGAAUGUGCUAAACUUAAUGAGUUCUUCCACACUGGGUAUCCAUGGCUUUGUAGAUCCUAUAUUUUCAAUAAAAAUUACUCCAAUAAUCUGA